GCUCCUGAGAACACCGGAACAGAGUCAGAACCGCAGUCUAUCGGCUCCUGCCUUAAUCAGGUCUAUAGAACACACCUGCUGACAUUUAGUCCCGCUGUUCUGAUGUGUCCAGCAGAUGAAAUCCGACCCUGAGAGCAUGAGGGUGGAAAUAAAUGAGUUUCCUGAGCCACGUAUGGAGCGGCAGUUCCGCCCUCAGCUGGCGGCUGUCAGCCGGGGGCCCCUCUGACUGAGGCUCAGUCUGUGCUCCUGCAGGGAGAUCUGCCUCUGAAACCACCGAGAAAUGGAGGGAGAAGAAAUGCUGGAAGACUUCCUGGGAGUGAUGACUAUUCAACCAGUAAAAGUAUGAACUUACGCCAACAGCUGGAUCCUGGUUGAAGCGAAAUUCUUCUGAUUUGGAUUCCAGUGAUCAUGAUCAUGAGGGUCUUCAUGACCAAGCAUGGACCUUGAUGUUUCUCUGCGCUACAGUUUUGGACGCCCCGUCCUCUCCCUGCAGCUCCCUGCAGGUCAGAAAUGCCGUUUCACUCUGACGCCGAUGUUGACCACUGUGGACGACUUGCUGCAGGACAUAAAAGCCAAGGAUGUUACUGUGGAAAGCGCUGCACUGUUAAACAAAGAUGGACAGAGGAUCUCCUCCUGCACUUUGAUGGAAACUGUCCUCAUUAAUGACUUUCAGAUCCUCCUCAAUGACAACAUGUACAACGUUCGCUCGCUUGGACAAGGCUCGUCCAAUGAGCACGUGUUGGGUUUGGAUGACAUGAAGUAUACGGUCCACCUUCUCCACGCUGCUCUGAGUCUUCCUAAGCAGUUACAUCUCAGGCAUUCGGAGCUGCUGGUGGAAAAGGAGAAGCUGACACAGCAGCUGAAGCCACUAGAGACUGUGAAAAUGCUGAUGGCGAAGGAAGCAGAGAGUCGAGCGACCCUGCUGGGGUGGGUGGGGCUGGCCUACCUGUCUCUGCAGGGGGGAUUCCUGGGAUACCUCACCUGGUACGUGUUCGCCUGGGACGUAAUGGAGCCGGUCACCUUCUUCAUAUCUUGCACCACAAGCAUGAUCUUCUUCGGCUAUUACAUCCUCACCAAGCAGGAUUUUGUCAUGCACGAGGUCUGGGAUCGUCACUUCCUGCUCCACUUCCACAAGAAGGCGUCAGUGGAGAGGUUUGACGUUGAUGAGUACAACAAGCUGAAAGACAAGCUUGCAAAGGUGGAGGACGACCUGCGAAGACUGAGGAGCGCCAUUCAGCUGCAGCUGCCAGUCAAUCAGAUUCAACCUCAGAGAUCCACCUGAACUUUAACCUCCAUCCCCUUAAUGACAUGUUUGCACUUUUUAGGCAUUUGAUUAUUUUUUAUGAAAGCCGAUU